ACAGGUAGUAGAAUCGAGUUUUCAGUGUUGACCUUGAAAAGCAAGGCAUGUGUUUUGUUUCCUGCUAGCUCGUUCGUUCACUGUUAUCUGUAAACACUAGAUAACAGUAUAUCUGUUGUCAUUAACGUAAGGUGGAUAAACCAAGUACAGUCCGCUACACUCGACAGAUUUACGAAACUUUUCCCCACCCCUCGCCAGGCGUUUUAUUGUGUUUGUUGAAAGCGUAAUCAGGAUGGGCUUAUUCGAAUGCCAGUUUGAUCCUAAAGGAUUUGAGGUUACACCUGAAAUUCUUGAUAACUACAAUAAACUGGGCUAUGUUGUCAUUAGAGGCUUAUUUGACAGUGAAGACUUGGAAAACAUAAAGAAGGUGGUCGAAGGAUCUGACGCCCUUGUGAAGCAUGCCUACACUAGAGGGACGAUUAGUGACCACCCGGCCACCCUGGCUCUCUGGAAUCAACCCGGUAAUGACGUCACUGGCAUGGUUGCAAGAUGUGAAAAGGUUGUGGGAAUAAGCGAAAAGCUUCUAGGCGGAGAAGUGUAUCAUUACCACAGUAAACUCAUCAUGAAGAACGCCAACACGGGAGGGAAGCACAUAUGGCAUCAAGAUUACGGUUACUGGUACCAAUAUGGAUGCCUGAAGCCGGAUAUGUUGACGAUGUUCAUAGCCUAUGACAAAUGUACAAAAGAAAACGGCUGUCUAGAGAUACUGGUUGGCUCGCACCAGUAUGGCAGAGUGGAUCACUUGAUGAUCAGCGGGCAGCAAGGAGCGGAUCCAAAGCGUGUUGGUCAUAUCGCAAAACACACAGAGAGCCAGUUUGUGGAACUUAAUCCAGGUGACGCACUGUUUUUCCACUGCAAUGUACUACACCAGAGUCAGCCCAACACGAGUCCAAACCGACGAUGGGCUUUGAUCAGUGCCUACAACAGGGCAUCGAACAGCCCAGUCAUCGAGUCAGCUCACCCACAAUACACUCCAUUAGAGAAGGUUCCAGAUUCCUGUGUCAAAGAGUGCAAGAAUUACACAGAUAUGAGUGGCAAGGCAUUCUUCAAGCCCACUUCAAAUAACCUCUUUCAGCCGAUCAACACUAAGUAACCACUGAGAAAACUGGACCAAUUAUGCCUUUGAUAUUAUAUGGCCAUUUAAUUAUCUAUCACAUAUUUUUCUUUAGAAACGUUAAAUCAUAUGACGUUUCUACCGAUAUGUACACAGGCAGCAGUAUGAGACAGAUUAAUAUUGUGACAGUUUAUUUUGUUUUUCGUAAAUAUGUACAUUAACGCAUGUUCAUGGUAUGUACAUUUUGUGAACGACCAUUGGUAUCUGCUAAAAAUAAAUAAACAAAUAAAUUUAAAAAUAAAAAAAAAAAAAUAAAUAUAUAUACAACUGGCCAUUUACUUUGCUGAUGUCGUCUGGAAAAAUGCAUCUCACUAUCGGUAUUAUUGAUAUGAAAAGUUUGUUUUGUUUAACGAUAUCACUAGAGCACAUUGAUUUAUUAAUCAUCGGCUAUUGCAUGUUAAACAUUUGGUAAUUUUGACAUACAGUCUAGGAGAGGAAAUACGCUACAUU